AUGGAGGUUCAGACUCUGGCUAAGAGUUUUGUGAGGCCUGGCAUUUCAGACUCGGGUAGAGUGUUGUCUUGUGUUGAGGCGAGAUCAUCGCUUCUAGAUCAGAUUAAGGCAAACCAGUUUGAGGAUGCAUGGUUGCGCAAGAUUCGUGAUAAGGUCUUGAGUGGUGAGGCCAAAGAGGUUUUUGAGGAUAUGCUCCGAGCGUGUGUGAUCGACUUUGGUGGUCAUUGGGACCAGUUCUUACCUUUGACAAAGUUCGCGUACAGCAACGGUUACCAUUUAAGCAUCGAUAUGGCUCCGUUUGAGGCUUUUUAUAGGAGGAGAUGUCGAUCUCCUAUUGGAUGGUUUGAUGCCUUUGAGGUGAGGCCUUGGGGUACCGAUCUUUUGGGAGAGUCUUUGGAUAAGGUUAAGGUCUCACCCAUGAAGGGGGUGAUGAGGUUUGGGAAGAAAGGCAAGAUCAGUCCUAGGAUCAUUGGUCCAUUUGAGAUUCUUGACCAUGUGGGGAAGGUAGCCUAUGAGUUAGUUUCACCUAUCGGUUUGUCGGAUGUUCACCCGGUGUUCCAUGUGUCUAUGUUGAAGAAAUAUCAUUCUGAUAGUUCUUACAUCAUCCAAUGGGAUUCGGUCUUGCUUGAUGAGAAUUUGUCUUAUGAGGAGAAGCACAUUGUUAGUUUAGAUAAAGAGGUUCGAAAGUUGAAGUCAAAGGAAAUAGCAUCAGUGAAGGACCAGUGA